ACCAUCAUCAUCAUCAUCAAGCCCUCCAUUGUUGCCGAGAUCAGCCGCUUCAAGAGGAGCUUCCUCCACAACCACUGCGGUAAGUGACCGUGAGUUUUUAUUUGUUGAAUUUAAUUCACGUCAGGCUGAAGUUAUCUAAUUACGGAGGAGGCAGUCCUCAUGUUUUGAAAGGCAACAGAAAAUCUGGCUUGAUCCUCGAUCUGACGUGGUCUAGAGUGCAGCAUACGGGGAAGCACUGGCCGUUCAGAGGUUUGUAGACAGGCAAGAUGACGAAGAAGAUUUAAAGGAUAAAGUAACGGAGGCGUCCGCUGUCAAGUAGAUAAUGAAGAAGGUGGAGGUGAGGAAGACGCUGAGGUGAAGCAGAGUCGUUCUUUACCGUAUCAGAACACGUCCGAGGGAAUGAGGUGACCUUCUAGCCAAUCAGAAACCAGUGUUUUGACGAUAGGGAAGCAGUGUAGUCGUGGCUGUUUCUGACAUACAACAAGAAGAUCAGCAUUUAAUUAACGUUAUGAUUUGUGGUUUUGAUUUGUGCCUGUGGUGUGUGUGUGUCUGAGAGCGUGAGAUCGAGUGUGCGCGCGCGCGCGUGUGUGUGAGUAUGAGAGUGAGUGUGUGCGUGUGUGUGUGUUUGUGCCUGCACACAGAUGCUCUAUCCAUGUGUGUCCUGAUGACCCGGUGACCCUCAGCAGAUGAGGCCAAGCUGCUCUAUAAAAAGCCAGUUAGAAGACCGACCGGAGCAGUCUGGAUCAGUCAUGGAGUGUGGAAUAAGAGAGGCGAUUGACAUGGAGGAAGAGGAGGUGCCUGCUGCUCCGGUGUUGGUUCGAGAGAUUGCAAAUGUUAUGACAGUGAAGGGAGAGAAAGAGGAGUCUUUCCAUGAGACGGUGGUAUCAACGGUAAUGACACUGACCACGGAUGUUGACGCGACUAGAGGAAGCACGGACGUAGAGGAAAAAGAGGAGGUUGAAACGGACAAAAUGUCAGAGGAAGAGAAGGAGGAAAAUGAAGCGGAUAUGGAGGAAGGAGAAGAGGAAGAGGAGUGUAAAGGAAAAAAGUUUUUGGGGUCUUGGGAAUCAGAGGGCUCCUUUGACGGAAAGCCUCCGCUACCAGACCCAGCAUUUAACCGGAGGUGCAGCUUGCUCGCCAGCGACGUGAAGUAUAAGGAGGACUUUGAGAAGAUGAAAGGCCAGAGUCUGUUCAUUCCUGGAGCUGAACUCAUCCACGUCAAGAACAUCAGCGCGGUGAUAUCUGAGUCGAAGUACAAAGAGGAGGGGAAGAAGGAGGCUUCGGUUUCCCUGUACUCCAUCCUGCCGGACACCCCGGAGACACAACACGCCAGAGAAGCUUCAGAGCUGCAGAGCGAGAUUAAAUACAAAGGAAAUGUGAAGAUGGAGAUUUCCUCCUCUCUUUAUUCUCUACUGCCGGAAACCGCAGAGACUCAGUUUGUCAAGGAGCUGACUGAGAUGCAGAGUGAGAACAAGUACAAGGAGGAAGGAAAGAAGGAGAUGAGCAGCAGUUUGUACUCUCAGCUUCCCGAGACCGCCGAGAUGCAGCUGGCAAAGACCGUCCGCGAGUUUCAGAGCGAGAAAAAGUACAAAGAAGACGGGAAGAGGAAGGCCUCCAUCUCCCUCUACUCCCAACUUCCAGACACUCCAGAGAUUCAGCACGCUCUGGAGGUGUCACAGCUGCAGAGCGAGGUGAAUUACCGCCCCAAGAUGCUGGUCAAAGGAGCUCCCUCCUCUCUGUACUCGCAGCUCCCCGACACCGCAGAGAUCCAGUUUGCCAGAGAGAUGACUGAGAUGCAUAGUGAGAGUAAGUACAAGGAGGGAAGGAAGGGCCUCUCUCAGAGCUUCUACUCCCAGCUCCCAGAGACCGCCGAGACCCAAUUCGCCAAAACUGUGGCCGAGCUGCAGAGCGGGAUGCGGUACAAGGAAGCGGGAAAGAAGGGCGUGAACUCCUGUUUGUACUCUCUUCUUCCGGAGACUUUAGAGACGGCUCACGCCAAGGACGUCUCCGAGCUCUUCAGUGAGGUGAAGUACAAAGAGGACGGCAAGAAGGAGAUGAGCGUCAACCUGUACUCUCUGCUGCCUGAGACCAUGGACACCCAGCACGCUAAGGAGGUGUCGAACCUGCAGAGCGAGGUGAAGUAUAAAGAAGGUCUGAAGCAGAAGAUUCAAAGCAGUUUGUACCAUCAGCUCCCAGAGACCACAGAGACACAGCUGGCCAAGCAGCUGUCGGAGCUGCAGAGCGAGGCAAAGUAUAAAGAAGCGGGAAAGAAGGAAGUGAACACCUGCCUGUACUCUCUCCUGCCUGAAACCCUGGACACGCAACACGCUAAGGAGGCCACAGAGCUGCUCAGCGAGGUCAAGUACAAGGAGAGCGGGAAGAAGGAGAUGUCCAGCUCCCUGUACUCCUCUCUGCCCGACACCUCGCACACCAGCUUCGCCAGAGAGGUGACCGACAUGCUGAGCGAGAGCAAAUACAAAGAGGACGGGAUGAGGAGACUCUCUCAGAGUAUCUACAGUCAGCUGCCGGAGACCACUGAGAUGCAGUUCGUCAAAACGGUCUCCGAGCUGCAGAGUGAGAUGAAGUACAAAAAGGGAAAGAAGGAAGCGUCCAACUCUUUGUACUCCACUCUGCCUGAGACUCUGGAGACGCUGCACGCCAGAGAAGCUUCUGAACUGCAGAGUGAGCUGAAGUACAAGGCGGCUCUGAAGAAAGGUCUUUCCUCCAGUCUGUUCCACCUGCUGCCUGAGACCUUAGAGACGGCCCACGCCAGAGGAGUCUCCGACCUUGUCAGCGAGGUGAAGUACAAAGAGGACAGCAAGAAGGAGAUGAGCAUCAACCUGUACUCUCUGCUGCCUGAGACCAUGGACACCCAGCACGCUAAGGAGGUGUCGAACCUGCAGAGCGAGGUGAAAUAUAAAGAAGGUCUGAAGCAGAAGACUGAGGACAGUUUGUACCGUCACCUCCCAGAGACCACAGAGACGCAGCUGGCCAAGCAGCUGUCGGAGCUGCAGAGCGAGACCAAGUACAAGGAGGCGGGUAAAAAGGAGGCGAACACCUGCCUGUACUCCCUGCUGCCUCACACCAUGGAGACGCAGCACGCUAAAGAAGCUUCGGAGCUGCUCAGUGAGAUCAAGUACAAGGAGAGCGGGAAAAAGGGGAUGUCCGGCUCCCUGUACUCCACUCUGCCCGGCACUUCAGAAACCAGCUUCGCCCGAGAGGUGACCGACAUGCUCAGCGAGAACAAGUACAAGGAGGACGGGAAGAGAAGCCUCUCUCAGAGUUUAUAUUCUCAACUACCAGAAACAACCGAGACUCUGUUUGCCAAAACUGUCUGUGAGCUGCAGAGCGAGAUGAAGUACAAAGAGGCGGGAAAGAAAGGAGCGACAAGCCCUUUGUACUGUACUUUGCCCGAGACUCUGGAAACUCAGCACGCUAAAGAGGCUUCCCAGCUGCAGAGUCAGCUGAAGUACAAGCAGGGCCUGACGAAAGACACCUCAAGCCUUUACCACCUGAUGCCGGAAACCAACGAGACUCAGUUUGCCAGAGAGCAGACGGAGAUGCUCAGCGAGGUCAAGUACAAAGAAGACAGUAGGAAGGAGAUGAGCGUCAACCUGUACUCCCUGCUCCCCGACACCAUGGACACCCAGCACACUAAAGAGCUGGCAGAGAUGCAGAGCGAGGCUAAAUACAAGGAGGCCAGUAAGAGGCAGGCCUCGACGUCUCUGUACCAUCGACUACCAGAAACCCUGGAGACGCAACACGCUAAAGAGGCCUCACAGCUACAGAGUCAGAUCUUGUAUAAAGAGGCUGUUAAGAAGGAGAUGUCGUGUCCGGUGUACCACCAGCUGCCUGACACUCUGGAGACCCAGUUCGCCCGAGGCAUCACGGACAUGCAGAGCCAAAAGAAGUACAAGGAGGACGGGAUGAAGAGCCUCGCUCAGAGUAUCUACAGUCAGCUGCCAGAAACCGCUGAGACUCAGUUCGCUAAAACUGUUUCUGAGCUGCAGAGCGAGGCAAAGUAUAAGAAGUCAGGGAGGCGGGAGGCCGGCCGCAGUUUGUACUCUGUGAUGGCUGAAACUUUGGAUACUCAACACGCCAGGCAGGCCUCACAGAUACAGAGCCAGGUGAAGUACAAAGAGGACGUGCAGAAGGAUUUGUCGUCCACUCUGUUUUCCGGCCUUCCUCAAACCCUCCAGACUGAGCUGGCCAAGGAGGUGACGGAGCUUCAGAGCCAGGUGAAGUACAAAGACGGCUGUAAGAAGGCAGCGUCCUCCUCCCUCUACCGCUUCCUCCCCGAGACGGCAGAGACGCACUUUGCCAAACAGAUGUCAGAGAUCCACAGCGAGGCGAUAUACAAGAAGGACAGAGAGGACCUGCCCAACACUUUGUACUCGCUGCUGCCGGAAACUCUGGAGACUCAGUUUGUCAAAGAGAUGGCGGAGACGCACAGCGAGGUGAAGUACAAGCAGGCAGGGAAGCAGCAGGCAGCGUUGUCGCUUUACUCCAAACUGCCCGAAACUCUGGAGACCAAACACGCCAAAGAAGCCACUGAGCUGCAGAGUGAAAAAAAGUACAAAGAUGAAGGGAGGAGGGAGAUGACGUCGUCUCUCUACUCGCAGCUCCCCGAAACGGCAGAGACCCAGUUCGCCCGCGAGAUGACUGAGAUGCAGAGUCAGAACAAGUACAAGGAAAGUGGGAAGAAGGGUCAGACUGUCAGUGCCUACUCCCAGCUACCGGAGACCAACGACAUCCAGUUUGCCAGAGCUGUUUCUGAAAUACAGAGUGAGGCCAAAUAUAAAGAGGCGGGGAAGAGAGAAGCGUCCAGCUCUCUGUACUCAAAGCUGCCCGAGACUCUGGACACGCUGCACGCUAAGGAGGCGUCAGAGCUGCAGAGUCAGGUGAAGUAUAAGCGGGACGGCAAAAGGAAGGUGAGCGGCUCCCUGUAUCAUCAGUUACCGGAAACCACGGAGACACAGCGGGCUAAAGGGCUGAGAGACAUUUACAGCGAGGUGAAGUACAAAGAAGAGGGCAAGAAGGAGAUCGGGAAGAACCUGUACUCGCUCCUCCCCGAGACGGCAGAGACGCAGUUCGCCAAGCAGAUGUCCGAGAUGCAGAGCGAGGCGACAUACAAGAAGGACAGAGAGGACCUGGCCAACACUUUGUACUCGCUGCUGCCGGAAACUCUGGAGACUCAGUUUGUCAAAGAGAUGGCGGAGACGCACAGCGAGGUCAGGUACAAGGAAGCGGGAAAGAAGGAGGCCAGCAGUUCCCUGUAUCACCGGCUGCCUGAGACUCUGGAGACGCAGCGUGUUAAAGAGGUCACUGAGCUGCAGAGCGAGAACAAGUACAAGGAGAGCGGGAAGAAGCUGAUGUCAUCCAGUCUGUACGCUCAGCUGCCGCAGACGGCCGCGACGCAGCUCGCCGCCAAGAUGUCGGACCUGCAGAGUGAGAGUAAAUACAAAGAGGACGGGAUCAAGAGCCUCUCUCAGAGCUUCUACUCCCAGCUGCCAGAGACUGCCGAGACCCAGUUGGCCAAAACUGUCUCCGAGCUGCAGAGCGGGGCCAGGUACAAGGAGGCGAGCAGGAAGGAGGCCACCAGCUGUCUGUACCACCAGCUACCUGAAACUCUGGAGACUCAACAUGCUAAAGAGGCGACUGAGCUGCAGAGUCAGCUGAGGUACAAGGAAGGUAGGAAGGAGCUGAGCGUCAACCUGUACUCUCUGCUGCCUGAGACGGAGGAGAUGAAGUUUGCCAAAGCCGCCACGGAGCUUCAGAGUGAGAAUAAAUACAAGCAGAAAGGCAGGCAGGAGAUCAGCAGCAGUGCUUUCCACCAGAUGCCAGAGACCAAAGAGACUGAGCUUGCCAAGCAGAUCUCUGAGCUUCAGAGUUUGACAAAGUACAAGAAGGACAGAGAGGACCUGGCCAACACUUUGUACUCGCUGCUGCCGGAAACUCUGGAGACUCAGUUUUUCAAAGAGAUGGCGGAGACGCACAGCGAGAGUAAAUACAAGGAGGCUGGUAAGAAGGAGCUGGUUAACAGCCUGUAUUCUCUGCUGCCUGAGACCAAAGACACCCAACAUGCCAAGGAACAGACUCAUCUGUACAGUGAGAAGGUGUACAGGGAGGAGGGCAGGAAGGAAGCCGGCUGCAGUCUGUACGCCCAGAUGCCCCAGACCAUCGAGACCGUCUUCGCUAAAGAGCUGGCCAGGACGCAGAGCGACAAGUUUUAUAAGGAGAAGUAUAAUCGGGAGAAGGGGAAGUCCAGCUACACCAACAUGAAGACGCUGCCCGAGGUGGAGCACGCCAUGGAGGUCAACAAGAACCAGAGCGACGUCAGCUACAGAAAAGGUAAAGAGGAGCUUCAUCACUACAACACGAUGCCAGACAGACCCGACAUCGUCAGCGCCACCAACGCCUCUAAACUGGCCAGCAACGUGGCCUAUAAGAGUAACAACAAGCAGCUGGUUUACAGCGACGGCUCUCUAUUGGCCAGAACUGACAUCCAGCACGCUAGGGAGGUUUCAAAGCUGGCCAGCCAGGUGAAGUACAAGGAGAGCUUCGACAGACAUCUGAAGGGCCAGAGGCCUCGUUACAACCCACUUGACUGUCUCUCCUUCAAACACACACAAGCUGCUGCCGCUCUGGCCAGUCAGGUGAAGUAUAAGACCAAUCAGAACCAGAGACCAGAAGGAUCCUCAGACCUGCCAAACCUCCUGCAGCUGGAGCACGUCCUGCACGCCAGCAGACUGCAGAGCAACGUGGAGUAUAAGAGGAAGUACGAGCAGACCAAGGCCCACUACCACGUAGCUCUGGACACGGCUGAACAGCUCCACCACAAGGAGAACGCAGUGCUGCACAGCCAGGUGAAGUACAGGGAGGAGUAUGAGAAGAACAAAGGUCGCUCUCAGAUGGAGUUUGGAGACACUCAGACGUACAAAGUGUCCAAGGAAGCGCAGAAGAUGCAAAGCGAGAGGGAGUAUCGGAGGGACUAUGAGGAGCAUAUGAAGGGGAAAGCCUUGGUGGACGUAGACCUGACGCCUGGGUACCUGACAGCACGCCACGCCAGCAGUCUGCUGAGCGAGAGGGAGUACAGGAGAGACCUGGAGCAGGAAGUGAAGGGGCGCGGCUUAUCCGGCAUCGGGCUGGAGGAAACACCGGAGCUGCUGAGGGUCAAAAACGCCAACCGGAUACUGAACCAGAAGGAGUACCGCAGGGACCUGGAGAGGGAGAUUGUGGGUAAAGGCAUGGAGCUGAGCGCUGACGUCCUGGAGGUACAAAGAGCCAAGAGGGCCUCAGAGAUCCAGAGCCGGAGGUCUUACACUCAGACGGAGCAGCUCAGAGAGAACUCGUACGGGACAGUCACAGACACUCCUGAACUACUGCAUGCCUCCUACCUCAAAGACGUGUACAGCCAGAAGAAGUAUAAGGACGAGGCCGAGCGGCUGAAGGGAAGUUACAGUCUUGGAUCUGAAACCCUAGAGAUGGAGAGAGUCAAAGCCAACCAGAGACACAUCAGCUCUCUGCGGUACUGCUGGGACUCCAAGCUCAUGCGAGGCCUGAUGUCUUCCGUCGCAGAGACGCCAGAGAUCGUCCUGGCCAGGGAGAACGCCAAGAGGAUCAGUGAUGUCUGGUACAGAGACGAGGUGGGCUGCGGCACCGCCGUCAGGGACACGCCAGAGAUGGAGCGAGUCCGACGCAACCAGGAGAACAUCAGCUCGGUCAAGUACAAGCAGGGUGCAGUCAAGGCCACCAGUGUUGGAGUGACCCCAGAGCUGGAGAGAGUCCGACAGAACCAGGAGAACAUCAGCUCGGUGAGGUAUCAGCGCGGGCUGCAGGAGAUGAGGGGCCGGAGCUGCACCGAGCUGGACACGCCUGAGUACAGGCGUGUCAGGAAGACGCAGGACUCGGUCUCCACGGCCAAGUACCACGAGGACUUUGAGCGGGCGCGCGGCCGGGGCUGUACGCCGGGGCUGGACGAACCCGGCAUGGAGCGCUACCAGCGAGCCAAUCAGAUGAUGGGAGAGGCGGGCUACGGCAAAGGGAUCCACUCCCAGGCGAUGGAGAUGGACAGACGACCGGGAGGCAUCAUUGUAGACCUGAAGGUGUGGAGGACAGACCCUGGCUCCAUAUUUGACUUUGACCCCCUGGAGGACAACAUCCAGUCCAAGAGCCUCCGCAGGAUGUCUGAGCGGGCCGACCGCAGGCUGAGCAGGCAGCACUCCCAGCAGUCUCUCGCCCACAGCCAGGCUCAGUCUGCUAGCUCGCUGACCUCUGACCUCUGGGACCGCAGCAGCACUGAAACUCCUGCUCCGGUCCUCCCAGGAGCGUACCAUCAGGGCGUUCAGAUACAGCAGCAUCAGCAGCAGCAUCAGCAGCAGUAUCACGGCUACAUGCACCAAACCAGCAUGUCAUCUGUCAGAUCCGUCACCUCCCCACCGCACUCAGCCACCAUGCGUGUUUACCGGGCGCUGUACGACUACGCGGCCCAGGACCACGACGAGGUCUCGUUCAGGGACGGCGAUGUCAUCGUCAACGCUCAGCCCAUCGACGAGGGCUGGAUGUACGGCACCGUGCAGAGAACCGGCAAGUCCGGCAUGCUGCCGGCAAACUACGUCGAGUGUUGCAACUAAAGGAGGGAGGGUGGCGCGGAGAGAGAGUGGAGAUGGAGGCCGGGCAGGGGUAAAAUUUAAGGAGGAGAAAUCCACCCUUAUCGUUAAAAAAUCAGAAGCUGCAGAUGUUCUUUGUAUUUCACGGUUACGUGUUUGGUGUGUGUUUCUUCUUCCUGCGGAAAACUGGCCCAAAACGGACAAACUGACAUCGUGUCCAGAUGUUUUCGACUGCUCCAGUUGAGUUUGAGAGGAGAAAAGUCAUUCUGACUUCUCUCCGUCGAGUAUUGGUGUCAAGCGUUGAGCAUUUUAAAGACCAGAAGGCAAUGUAGCCAGGAGACAAGGUCGCAAACUUGUUUCCUAGAGUGUUCUUUGAAAGGCAUUUUGGGAAACGUAGGCAAUCGCUCAGUAAAGAAGAAGUAGACGAGGCCGACCGAGGGGAAGUAAAAAACAAAAUACAUGCUGGAAUACACCGAACAUCGCAGACUGCUGAUAUCAGGUAACAGAGGACGUGAGGGGGGAGAUCUUCUUACUUCGACGGGGGGAAAGGAAAGACAAAGCAGAGGGAGGGAGAAAUCUAGCAUGCUGUGGAUAAGUUAUGUCCCGUUUUACAACUGGAGGGAAUGACAGAGGAGGGAUGCGUCAGGAAAGACUUUUUUUUUUUUUUACAUAGAAGACAUAAAAGAAGACGGACGAGUAUAGGCAUAAAUCCUCCAGCAUUAUAAGCAGAGCAAGGAGGGAGGGAGGUUUAUCCAGUGGUUCACUGCCCACAAAGAUUUAGCAGAAGUCUAGUGAUAUUUUAUUUUUUCUUCUCGUCAAUAAAAAUCAAAAAGACCAAAACCAACUAUCUAGCAUUGUGUGCAUUGUUGCUCUGGGAGACGUGUUCCUUCAUCGCCAUGAACACACACACACCGUAGUUUAUUAUGACUCAGUCCCAAACACACACACACACACACACACGCACAA